UCUAGGGACUGUCCGUCAAAACGACGGUUUCAAAGCAGUCCGGGAGGGCGGGCAUAUACAGCCGUCCUCCCUCCUGUAAGGUGUCUUGCUAUCGGCUUCCUCAGCAGGUUUCUGAGGGAAAUGGGGACCGGGGUGGGCCCAUUGUGAAGAUAAGCGCAGUGAAAAGAAUUCAGGCUAAGCGUUUUCCCCCGCUUUAGCAUAGAGCCGCCAAUUGUAGUAGGAAUGCAAGAAAGACGUUCCCUCUCGACUGUACAGUUAGAAGAGAUGGAGAAAGUUACUGUAGAUGUGCUCUUAAAAAGCGGAGCACAAGACACCAUAAAAGAAGACUCUGCAGAACAAGACUCCCAGAACAAAAGUGGUAUUAGAGCACUAAAUGACACUGAGCUACGGGAACAACUUUGUGCAUAUGGAAUCAGCCCUGGACCAAUAUUGCCUUCUACUAGGACUGUUUAUGAGAAAAAAUUGCUGCAGUUGAUGAAGCAAUGUCCAUCUGUAGCAGCUGAGAAGAGUGGAGUUAGAGCUGGUGAUUCUGAAAAUGAAAUGGAUGGUAGAAAAGAAAAAACCGCAGAAGUAGUCGUUGAAACAAACAACCUCAAAGUGACAGCUGAAUGUACCUCCGGGCUUGAUAAUCAAUCACACGUAGAUGUGGCUGAACGCCAAAAGAAACUCUUGUCAUCUGAUGCUAAAUACAGUUUAGCCAAAAUAGUGGCAGAGCUUCAGGAAAUAUUGCCAGAUGGUAAAGUGGCAGCUCAUCAGUCACAAGGGCAAAGGAGGAAAGUUGGGAGCAGUCCUGAAAGGAGUUAUAGGCAAAAGACAGUUGAGAUACCAUGUGGAGAUUAUUCUGAUGCUAAUGUUAGUACAGGACAAAGUUCCAGAAGAAGAGUAGUAAAUGUGACUCCUUCAGUGAAGCAAAGACCUGAAAUCAAAUGUAGAGUAACGACUGAGAAACCAAAAGAAGGGCUUAUACCAAUGCGUGUAAAGAUUGCUCUGUUUGCCAUCUUCCUUUUCAUUGUGUUUGUGUAUGUAACUAUGGAAACGAAUCUAAAUAAUCCAUUCACAAGCUUCAUCAGUGGAUAAGUGUAUCCCAUCCAUUAGAGAUAGAAUUGCAAGACCAUUCUUUUCUCUAAAUGCUUACGAAUAAGUGAUUUGGGUAGCUAAUUAAAAAGCAAAAAAGGGAUCUUUAAUGUGUGCUUUCCUUGCUUAGAAUGUUAUUGUGCAUCACAGCCACUCACCUUAAAUAUCUAGCAAAAUCUACCUCCUUACCAUGUCUCUCUUCAUCAAGUUGGGUCCAUAGAGGUAUUUCCUUAAUCACAUCAGUGGAAAUUGCUCACUUUGGCAUGUUUUACCUCUCUGAAAAUGUAGAGGGUAGAGGUUUGUGUUAGUAAUCAGUACUCCCACAACUCACCCCCGGAUUGUAGUACACGGGAAGAUGUGUCUGCCCAUGAAACAGUUUGCCCAAGCCUUAUGAUCAUGAGAUAUGACCUCAACAACAGAAUGAGAAAAACAAUUGGGUUGCAAUUCAGUUCCUGCUGUGUGUGCGCACAUAGAAAAGUUGCAGAAUGGCUCCUCACAGGAGCCAAACUGAAUGCUUGAUCUCAGUCUGUGCUGCCCUUUCCUGCCCUGAGGCCAGGCCUGCAUGCUCCCUCACACAGCCAAGCACUUUAUCUCAAGCAGGAGCUCAUCUUGCUUUUCAUAGGGUGAGGGUGCAGGUUCUCAGCAGGACCUGGACUGUGUGUAGGGCCUGAGAAGGAAUGGGCUGCUAGAUCAGCCUGUGCACGGCAUAUAAAGGCUCCUGCUGGAGGUAAGGUGCCUUGCUGUGAAGGAGUAUACAGACACAGCCAUGGUUCUCUGACCUCAAAUUAGAGUUUUUUUUAAUUCUUUCCUUCUGAUCUGACAUUCUGGUGCUUGAGCCUUGAGUCUAAUUACAGCAAGCUUUUAAAAAAAAAAUGCAUUCACACAAAUGUGUAUAUAUCAACAAUUUCAUGUGCCUGGUUUUGAAAGAUGCCGGAAAAUCCUUUUUGUUUUUGUCUGCUCUCUUUUGGAACAAAGAUUUUCAUGUUUGUUCAUUACUUUUUUGAAGCAUGGAAAUGUGUGCAUAAGUUAAAUCUAUUGUGCUCUUAGAUUCAUUGAUACAUAAAAACUGGGAUACUGAGUUGUAGAGCUGCAGCUUUUAAUUUUAAAAAAGCAUAAACUAGCUCUCAAAUAUGAUGAGAACACAGAAGUUUCUCUGGCAAAUUUUGUACUUCAUGUUGCUUUUGAAUUUCUGCCUCUCUGUGUAACUCCUACAGUCUCCAAUAAAGUGCUUUAUUACACUUUUCUCCUCCCAUCCUCCUAAAUUGCACACCUUAUGGUUUUGCCUUGUAGUAAUGAGGGGGCACAAGCAGCAAUCUAGCUGUCAUUUGCCUCUUUCAGUGAAUGUUUCCCAUGAUUAUCUACUGACAUAUGAUUUAGUAGGAAGAAUGAGAGAUGGUUUGAUAUCUUCUAACAUGCCAAUGAGAAUGAUAUCGCACAAUUACUCUGUAAUGAUGUACAGAAAACCUAGAGGGAAGAGUUUACAGUGAAGCCUGAAAUUCUUGUUUUCUUUGGUGCAUGAGUGAAUUAAAGCACAAAGGGUUUUGUUUUUUUUAAAACCCUUGAAUAAGG